CAUCAGCACUGGCUCCCCCGUACCUAGUCAGGAACUAUGAUGAUCACUCCCAUCUUGUCUUGUAUGGACUACCAAAUCAUAUUCACAUUCUGACUCGCGAUGAUAUUGGUGAGACGAAUAUCCACAACAUCGGUGGAGGAUCCGGUCCUGGUCAUGAUACGAGCGCUUAGGCUCCGAAGUGGAUCGGAAGUCCAACUUCAAGCAAGAGAUGCAAAUGCUCUAACGGUGGUCCACAAAGCGGUUCCCCAUGGGGCUGCGAAGUAAGCCCGUGCUAUAUAAAGUGGGCAUGAACCCUCCUCCAGACCUUCGCAAUGACUUUUUUUUUUUUUCCCCUAUGAGUCGGUAACUGUUGCGUUACUCUGGCCUGUAGAUCACCUGCCGCAGUCAUGUAUCGCAUCUGGAAUAUCUAUGUGCUGGCUGCCUUUGGCACCAUCGGCGGUAUGCUGUUUGGUUUCGAUAUCAGCUCGAUGAGUGCCUGGAUCGGAUCACAGCAAUAUCUCGACUACUUCCACAACCCAGAUUCGUCUGCGCAAGGUGGUAUUACAGCCUCGAUGUCGGGUGGCUCGUUGGUUGGUGCACUUGUUGCAGGUUUCCUUGCGGACAGGUUUGGCCGGAAAGGCGCACUACAAAUCGCUUCGAUCGUAUUCGUUGUCGGUGCUGUACUUCAGGCAUCCGCUCAGAAUGUUCCUCACCUCAUUGUUGGGCGUGUUAUCAGCGGGCUUUCCAUUGGUAUCACGAGUUCCCAGAGUUGUGUCUAUCUUGCCGAGUUGGCACCAUCUCGCAUUCGUGGUCGUGUCGUCGGUAUUCAGCAGUGGUCUAUCGAGUGGGGUAUACUUAUUAUGUACCUUAUCUCUUACGGCUGUGUCAACGGAGUACAGUCCCCUAGCGCAUUUCGCAUUGCUUGGGGUAUCCAGGGCGUCCCAGCUCUGGUACUCUUUGGAGUUCUUUUCUUCUUUCCUGAAUCGCCCAGAUGGCUUGCACAGAAGGACCGCUGGGAGGAAUGUGAAGACAUUCUAGCACACCUGCAUGGAAAAGGUGACCGCCAUCACGCUGCAGUCAUCACUGAGCUCGAAGAGGUGAGGGAGGCUGCUCGCGUUGCAGCCGAAUCGAAGAGCGUCAGCAUGCUCGGCCUCUUCGGUCCGAAGAUUUGGAAGCGUACGCUGGCUGGAUGCAGUGUCCAGUUUUGGCAACAGCUGCUUGGUGGCAACGUCAUGUUGUACUAUCUUGUCUAUAUCUUCAACAUGGCUGGCAUGAGCGGCAACGUUGCUUUGACUUCAUCAAUUAUCCAAUAUGUUAUAUUCCUUGUUACAACUGGCGCUAUUCUGCCUUUCAUCGACCGCAUCGGCCGCCGACCUCUCUUGAUCGGGGGUGCCAUCAUAUGCUGCAUCAUUCACUUCACCACAGGUGCUGUGAUGGCAGUUCAUGGGCAUCCUGUAGACAGUAUUGAUGGAAACACAAUUCUUCGAUGGGAAAUUGGUGGAGCUCCAGCCAAGGCUGUCAUUGCUCUUUGCUACAUUUUUGUUGGUAUAUAUGGUUUGUCCUGGGCUCCCAUUGGCUGGAUCUACUGCUCGGAGGUUUUCCCUCUCAAGUAUCGGGCUGUUGGAGUAGGACUGGCGGCUGCCUGCAAUUGGACUAUGAACCUUGCCCUGGCCUUCUUCGUCCCUCCGGCUUUCACAAACAUUCAGUGGAAGACGUACAUGAUUUUUGGCACGUUCUGCUUCGUUAUGACGUUUCACAUAUUCUUCACAUACCCCGAAACGGUUGGAAAGUCGUUGGAAGAAAUCGAUGAGUUGUUUGAUUCUGAUAUCCCUGCCUGGCGGAGCACGAACCUUGGAAGCCGGUUCGAUCAGCGUGUUGCGGAGACUAAGUUGGCUGGAACAGUCGAACACAAUGAGAGAGUCGAGACAGUAUAGGCUCGUUCAGUGUUUCAGGGUUCAACAAUGUUCAUGGAACAAAGCCUAUUAUGACCUAUUAACGUUUUAAAUUUAAUACCAAUGUCUUAAACAUGCACGUAACUCAUUCCGGUGGGAGAGCUAACCACGCCAAAUACCAUUUCGCUCAAAAGCCACCUAACCUAGGUUAAUGGCAUAAAUGGC